AAAGAGGGAGGGAAGCACGUGCCAUUAUGUGCCGUUGCGGCCUCGCCUGUGCAGCAUUUGAGAAUGGCCUCAAAAUUUGAAAGUUGAAAACCGAUCCAAAGGGUAGCCGAUUUGAGAAGACCACGCUCUCCUUGCUUUUCACUUUAUAAAAACCAUUUUCGAAUUCUCAAAAACCUCUGAUCAGAAACAAAGCCACAUUUCAUUUCAAUCACAACCAAUAUUAGGGUUUGAUCAAAAAUCAAAAUCAGAAUCAGAAGAGGAAGACGAAAAUGGAGAAGUAUGAGAAGCUAGAGAAGGUAGGAGAAGGAACUUACGGGAAGGUGUACAAAGCCAAGGACAAAGAGACAGGUCAAUUGGUGGCUCUGAAGAAGACGAGGCUCGAGAUGGACGAGGAAGGUGUGCCUCCGACUGCUCUCAGGGAGGUUUCUCUUCUCCAGAUGCUCUCUCACUCUCUCUACGUCGUCCGAUUACUCUGCGUUGAGCACGUCGAUAACAAACAUGGAAAGCCCCUUCUCUACCUCGUCUUCGAGUACCUCGAUACCGAUCUCAAGAAGUUUAUUGACUCCCACCGCAAGGGCCCCGAUCCCCGGCCUCUUCCGCUUUCACUAAUCCAGAGUUUUCUCUAUCAGUUGUGUACUGGGGUUGCUCACUGCCACAGCCAUGGCGUUCUUCAUAGAGAUUUGAAGCCACAAAACCUUCUGGUAGACAAGGAGAAGGGCAUCCUGAAGAUUGCAGAUCUUGGUCUCGGAAGGGCCUUCACUGUUCCUCUCAAGAGCUACACCCACGAGCUGAAAUGGCAAGGAGACAAGCUUUAUUUCCUGGUGACUCCGAGUUUCAGCAGCUGCUUCACAUAUUCAGGUUGUUGGGAACACCAACUGAUAAGCAGUGGCCAGGAGUUAGUUCUCUACGGGACUGGCAUGUGUAUCCCCAGUGGGAAGCUCAGAAUUUGGCGCGUGCUGUUCCAUCAUUGGGACCUGAUGGGGUUGAUCUGUUAUCGAAAAUGCUGAAAUAUGAUCCAGCUGAGAGGAUCUCAGCCAAAGCAGCUCUAGAUCAUCCCUUUUUUGACGGUUUGGACAAGUCUCAAUUCUAAAGCUGCAUCUUACCCUCCUAUUCGCCAUCGAUUGCUAGAAGCUUGCUUUCAUAUAAUCAACAUCAAGGCAAAUCUUCAAGGUUUCAACUUGAUGCUUAGUUAAGUCGGUCGUUGUCAUGAUGAAUGUCAUCAUCUUGGUGAUUUCAACUUUGCCUCAUAAACAUCUUCACAUUGCCUUGUGUUAUUACCAUGCGGACUUUGGUUAAUUAAGUAGUUUUUUUAAAUUGUAGCGCUUACAAGACACUUUCUUGUGUGGUUAAAAUUGGAUGGAAGUGGAAUCACAUUUCUCUUGUAUCUCGUGUUUGAUUUACAGUUAAGUUCUUUGGCCUUCCUGAUUUAUUGAAAUGAGUUCGGGAGUUUUUCAAUAGGAUAUGAUCAAAUUUUGUAGUGAAAUAAAGAACUUUUACAGGGUUUGGGUCGGGGGUAGGGGUGGGUAACCCCGAGACUCACCCCAAUCGGAUUAUGUGUAUUAUUAAAAAUAUCUCAUUUCUAUUUUAUAAGCUUUUAUUA